AUGUCUUGCUGCGGCAGCGCCGAGGAGGACACCUACGGCCCGCCGGCGAACCAAGCCGCUCCGCCGCCCAACGUCAACGCUCCCGGCAACAGAGGCGGGCCGAGGGGGCCCGGCGCCACGAGGCCCGGAGGGCCGCCCAAGGUGAUCACCAUCGACGUGCCGGCGAUCCCGCUAGACGAGCUCAACAAGAUGACCAACAAUUUCAACGACAAGGCCCUCAUCGGCGAGGGCUCCUACGGCCGCGUCUACAAUGGUACCCUUAGCGAUGGCCGCCCCGCCGUCAUCAAGAAGCUCGAUCCCAGCGCCUCAACGGAGUCGGACUCAGAAUUCUCUGCUCAGCUAGCAAUGGUCUCCAAGCUUAAGAACGAGUACUUCGUGGAACUCCUGGGCUAUUGCAUGGAGGAUGGGAACCGCAUGCUGGCCUAUCAAUUUGCAACCAUGGGCUCUUUGCAUAAUAUCUUGCACGGCAAGAAAGGAGUGCAGGGCGCUGAACCCGGGCCGGUGCUCAACUGGGCUCAGCGUGUGAAGAUAGCUUACGGAGCGGCAAGGGGGCUAGAGUACCUACAUGAAAAAGUCCAACCAUCGAUUGUUCAUCGAGAUAUUCGGUCGAGUAACGUCCUAAUAUUCGACGAAUUCAGCUCCAAGAUUGCGGACUUCAACCUGACAAACCAGGGCACGGACACCGCUGCCCGGUUACAUUCCACUCGUGUGCUAGGAACAUUUGGAUACCACGCACCAGAAUAUGCUAUGACAGGGCAAAUCAACCAAAAGAGUGACGUCUAUAGCUUCGGCGUGAUCCUACUAGAACUACUGACGGGAAGAAAACCGGUCGAUCACACCAUGCCGAAAGGGCAGCAAAGUCUUGUUACUUGGGCCGCUCCAAGGUUGAGCGAAGAUAAAGUAAAGCAAUGCGUUGAUCCAAAGCUCAACAGUGACUACCCUCCAAAAGCCGUCGCCAAGCUAGCAGCAGUGGCAGCGCUGUGCGUGCAGUACGAAUCCGACUUCAGACCGAACAUGACGAUCGUUGUGAAGGCGAUUCAGCCCCUUCUCAACCAAAAACCGGCUGGACCAGCCGCCGAAGCACCGAGACCCUGA